GCUUGGGACGUAAUCUCAGUUCUUCGGGAUCAGGUGGUGUACUGCGCAGGCGUUGUGCAUUCGGUGACCUACUUUAGUAAAGUGCAGACGUCAGACGUACUCAGGUGACGAAGCACCAGUGACGAGGUGACGAUAACUGUCGACUCCUUAUACCAGUUGAAGUGUCUUUGGAUAUAUAGCAUGAAGAACAUGAGAUCAUGAUCUUGGAGCAGAAUUUGAGGGAAGAGAAGAUGGUGGAGUUACCUCCCCUGUCUCUGUAUUCAAUGACCAAGCCCCAGUUGGAGGAAUUCCUUCCACGCUUGAUCAACAUAGCAUGUCCAGCCAGAACACCCACCCCACCAGCCAGCCAGUUCUACAAACCUGAGUGGUGGCCUGUGGACAUUCCCUGGGUUGCUCCAAGUGUCAAAGACAGUGAUGAUCUUUUAAAACAGUUUGCUGGUGGGGAAUGUGAAUCUACUGACAAACUUCGAAGUGUAGUCCAAGCAUGUUAUGAGUAUAUGGGCCACACUGAAUUGCUGACAAAGCCAAACACAACAGCUGAUCUGACUAGCCUGAAAAACAAUGCUGAUGUCCUGUCUGUGGAUUCUUCUGAUGAUGACUCUGAUGCGGAAGUUGUGGAUGUGUAUGUGUGUUUCUGUUGUGACCGCUGGUUCGGUGGCAAGAAUGGAAAGUCGAAGUUGGAGGAGCAUGUUCUCACCCACAUGGAAAAUGAAUACAGUGUCUCAACACAGUCUGACAAACCAUCUCACACUUCCCAGACAUGUGCUGUUUCUGUGCAAAGUAGUAAACCAAAAACACGGCCACCUAAGUCUACACCAUUUCUCCCAAGACCUCGAAAGAGACGUCCAGAAAUACCUUUGUGGAAGCGUCAAGAUUUGCCCUGCAACAAUGGAGUGCAUCAAUCUGAUUUCUUGAAAUCAUUUGGACUAUUAUCAAGCAAACAAGCCAAAAAUGUUGUGUCCAGGUCCAAGUCUGAUAUGGACAUUGAUUGUGAGAUAGUUGCUGUGGAAGGUUUGGACAGUAGGCCUUUGACCUCUCCACGAACACCAAGGUCCCUUAUGUCCCAGCUGAGUCGAGAUGGGGAGGGUACUUCCAGGAAGAGACUCAGUUUCUCAGUACCAGACGAUGCCAGUGAUGGUGAGGCCACUGAGGCGACUAGUCCAAGCAAGAAUAUUCAAGGAGCUCUUCUUAAUGUACCAUUUUCAUCACUUCUUGGGAAGAGAGUCAAGAAACACAUCAAACCUGACAGUUCAGUGUGCACAAUCAAAGAUGUGGAAGAGCACUGCUCAACAGUGGUUCGGAAUGGGUUUCUUGAUAAAUUGAGGUACCGUUCAAAUGACUAUCCUGUAACAUACAAAAAGAAACGGAAGCACUGUUUCAAACACAUACAUGAGUAUAAAUUCAAUAAGGAGCAAAAAGGUGAGUUCUUGAGGAAAGUAAGAACAGGACUGAACAAACGAAGCAGGCAGUUGAAGCGUCAAAUGGCCACAUGUAGAGUUGUGUUAAAAAGGGUGUCAAAGGAAGAGAUCCAGUUUUGGAAGGAGAAAAAGAGCAGCCUUGGAGCUGAAUGGAUUGAUGAUGAUAUCAGCAUAGUGGAAGUACAGCCUCCUCCCAUUGCUGACAGAUCUAAACUGUAUUAUUGUACCAAUACUGGUGUCACUCGCGAGGUAAGACCAAUGCCCAUGCAGGCCCAAAGACGUCAUCAGAACAUUCUACAGCUCAGAACUCAGCAGAAUGCUAGGGUAUCUGGUGCAGUACCUUCGCAAUAUUGCAUCCAGCCCAGACCACAGUUUCUUGUGAGAAAGGUAGAGAAACAGUUUAACGGUCACCAGUCGUCAAAGUUGGUGUAUGUACCAAUUAAUGAACAGCCAGCUGGUCCCAAGAAGAGAGUUGAUUCUCAUGGGAAGAUUCCUCACAGUGGUCAAAUGGUCAAGACAUGGGGUGAACAUACCAUGGUUGCCGACAGAAGAUUACUUGGUCCAGCAAGUUCCAGCAGAAGAAAGCAACAUUUCUUAAACUUGAGGAAAGAACUGGCUGAUGAUAUUUCCAUUCACAGUCAGUCUUCAGAUGAGGAUUAUGGGAAUGUUAUGGCAAAGUCAGUCCAAAGAUCACUUAUUCAGAAAAGAGACUCGCCUGUUCCUCACAUGGUUAUGUCUGCUUCAGGUGGAUACAUAAAAACUGUUGCAGCUCCUGAGGCUGUGAAGGCCUUUGGGAAUAAGGUGCCUGUGACCAAUGUGCCAACACAGAGACAUUUUACCUCGCACCCAGUACAAAAGAGUGAUUCACCCAAAUUGUGGUCUGUGAAACCCAGGCCAGAACCAUCUAGUUUAGGGUAUAACACAUCCACAGGCAUGAGCAUAUCACCUGUUUACAAGUCUGAGGCUGCCAAAAUGAAGAGUGGGGGGACAAGUGUUCCUAUGUGUACUGUGAAAACUAAAACUGUCCAAGCACCUCCAUUGCACAUUGUUGAUGAUGUUAUUUAUAUUGAUGAUGACUGAAUUAAAAAAUGGAGGUAUGAAAUACUUCCAACUACAAUGUGUUUUAAGUGACAGCAUUGAAUGCUUUUAUAACUUAGACAGUUUGUGGCAUUAUGUUUUCAUUUCAGAUGAUGAAUAAACAUAAAUAAAGUAUUGCAGUGUG